UCUUUUGACAUACGUCUCAGUGACUCAGUCUAUAAAUUUCAUUUAACCCAUUGUGAUAUCCUCUUCUCCAUCGUCAUCGAUAAUAUCUCUUAACCUUUUUUUUUUCCUCUCAUCUUCUCAGGAAAAUAUUCUCUAUUUUGAGUCCUUUAAAUCUUUAUAUUUGAUUACUUGAGUUAGUACGUAUAGGACAAAAAAAAUCUUUGAUAUUACAAUGUCAGAAGAAUAUCAAGAAUCAGACAUUAUAUUUUCAGACCAAUCCACAAUCCAAGAGGAAACUAAAAUCAGUAAGGGCGAGAAGGGCACAAGACAGCGGGUGAGGGCGGAGAAAACAUCUCCGGUGAGUAUUCCGGUGAAUCAUUUCCGGCGUAUGGAGUGGGAAACAGCGGGGGAGGAGGAGGAUAAGACUCCUCCGCAUGUUAUAAUCGAAAGAAGGAUGAAGGAGCAAAUAGCGUUUUCCGUUUGCACCCUAAAAGGAAGAGACCUGAAUCGUCACAGGAACUCCGUUCUUAGGAUGACUGGUUUCUUAGAGGCUUGAUUUCUUUAACCGGCCGGUUCAGUUUGUAUUUUAAUCAAUUGACCGGUUUCUCUUUUUUUUUUUCCGGUGUGUAUUUGGAUGAAUCCAAGACAUGUCUUGUACUAGAAUUGUUUUAAAUGCGAGUCCUUUUUUUUAAUUACUUUAGUCAAAUUUUUGAUUGGUUAGUUUUUGAACAUUGGUUUGGUUGGUUAUUUGAGAGGAGGAAAACAAAAUACAGUAUAAUGUUUUAAUUAAAUACACGAUUUGGCUUUUAGAUUUGAUUGUGGAGUAAUUCGUUUCUUGGCUUACGGAUUUCCUCUCAUUCAUAGGCAUUAUGCAACUUUCUUGCUAAGAGCGGAGAUAGAUGUACCUCCUAACAUUGACAGCGUCAACUAUAUGAAUAUUUUCUGUAAAUUUCCUUACCAACAAAAGUAAUUAAUUAAAAGUGAAAGUGAUCUAAGCAAAUGUUUGACUUGGCUUCUACUGGCCUAUCACAUGUUUUAUAUAUGUUUUAUAUAAUUUACAUAUUAUGUGAUAUGUUUAUUGAGAGUUGUUA